AGCCAAGUAGUAGCAGGAGCUGCUUCAUUUGUGGGAAGGUAUCCAUAUCUGAACUGUUCUCCAAACAGGAAUGUGAAGGAUAUCUUAUAACGCUUGUCUUAUAUGACCAACUGUAAUGACUAUUAAUGAAGAGUGGGAUAAAGGAUUGCAGACUGAGAAGUCUACUUCCUUGCUGAACUGACAUGCAUCCUUUGUGUCACAUGGAUUCUGAUAUUGCAGACUGGCUUGCCAUCAUUCAUCUGGAAAGCUAUCAAGAUAUCUUCAAACAACAUGGAUAUGUCUUAGUAAGAGAUGUGGCCUCUCUCCGUAAGGAGGACCUACAGAAACUUGGUAUCACUGCUACUGGCCACUGUAAAAGAAUUCUGAAUUUAGUACAGCAAACCCAUCUGUUUGUGGACAAUAAAAGUGGGCACAUGGCAGAAGAUUCCCAUGCAGCUGAAUGUACAUAUUCUCCAGAUAGACCUGUGAUAAAAAAUGAAGAAAUGUUGGCAAAAACUAUUUCUGACUCUGAGGUUGAUCAUGAUUUAGCCAGUCAGCUACAACAUUCACUUCUGAAUAAAGACUCUACAUAUUCUAUAGAAAAGCCAAUUCCUAAACCCAGAACUGUAUUCCCACAUGAUCAUGGAACAGCCAAACUACAGCCAAUCUCAUUGUCAAUAUUGCUACCUGUUCAUAAACCCACUUUUUGUUCUGCACAAGGAGCACAUAAUAUUCAAGAGAGAUUUGACCAAGAAAAAUGUACCACAAAUGCUCAGACUUUUGAUAUAACCUCAGAAGACCAAGUCCAUGCUCUAGCUUCUCAGAGAAGAGCAAUAGAGGAUAAUUCUGGAACUGGUAUUCAGAACUUUGUUCACAUCAAUGAAAUGAGUACUGAAGGAAAGCGUUUGUCUAAAAUUUUGUCCAUUCCUUCUAUUCCCAAGUUUUCCAGUCUAUGUAGCGAGCAGUCUAUGAACAUCAGUCCAACCACAUCCAUUUCAACUGCUCAGAAAAUACAGGCAGAGACUGUAUUAGUUCCUUCUGUCCUCAUUCAGUCAGCCUCCUUGGAGAAUAAGAAAGAGAUGUUACCAGAUGCUACUUUGCCCUUGCCAGUUAAAAGUGUGGAAAUGAAGGAGAGCCUGAGAGGUGUGACUAGCACAGAGCAUUCUGAAAUAAUGCUACAAAAUGGAAAUUUUAACACAGAGAAGACUGGCUCCCUGGAACAGUUGUGCUUGAAUUCACAACAUUCAUCUGAAGGACCUCUCAGCUAUUCAAAUGCUGUUGACGACUUCAUCAGCCCCUAUUGUGAGAGUCUGUUUGGACAUUGCUGGCCCACCCAGGGGCAGAAUUCAGCAACUUCUGAAUGCCAAGACUAUGGAGAUGUGCGAAAAUAUAUAACAAACCAGAGCAAGGACCCAAUAAAUCCCAGGAGAGAAGAUAAGAGUCCAUCUGUUAAGAGGGAAACUGGUAUCGUCAGCUGCAUUGCUCAGAAUGAGACUGAGGACUACUCUACCGUGGAAGCUUCAGCAGGCUUCAAAAGCUUCAACAGUUCCCCAUUCAGGCUCUCUGAUUCCACAUAUUCUGUUGAAAAUUCAGACGAUUUGACCAUCUCUCCCUAUGCCAGCUACACCUCUUUGUCAGAGCAGCCGCUCUCUGUUCUCAGUGGCUGGCUGGACAAGCUCUCUCCACAGGGGAAUUAUGUUUUCCAAAGACGUUUCGUCAGAUUUGAUGGGAAAAACCUCAUGUAUUUUAACAACGAGAAGGAACCGUAUCCGAAAGGAUUGAUUCCUCUCUGUGUUAUUGGCAUGGUGCGCUCCAUCAAGGACAACAAAUUCCAAGUCAUCACUAAACACAGGAUUUUUGUCUUCCGAGCUGAAAGUGAAGCCCAGCAGCAUGAAUGGUGCAGCACUCUUCAGCAGAAAGUCACUGACAGGCAAAAUCUUUGCCCUCCAACAUGCCUCAAUAGCAGCAGCACUCAUUUCCAAAAGCGUGGCUAUUUAGAACUCAAAGGCUAUAAAUCCAAACUGUUUGUAAUUCUUAUUCUGGGUGAGACAUGGCUGUACAAAAGUGAGCAAUUCUUUAAAAUGGGCAUUGCUAUCUGUCUGAUUGAGAUGCACCACUCUACUAUCCGAGACGCUAAAGGCCGUAACUUUGAACUCAUCACUCCAUGCAAAAUUUUCAGUUUUGGAGCCGAAUCUGAACGAGAGAAGCAAGAGUGGAUGGAAGUGCUUCAGAACUCUAUUGCUGAAAUUUUGUAUGAUUAUGAAGUGGCUGAGAAGAUCUGGUCUAACAAAGCUAACAGAUUCUGUGCUGACUGCCAUGCACUGAGCCCUGACUGGGCUUCCAUCAAUUUGUGUGUGGUGAUCUGCAAGCAUUGUGCAGGUUUGCAUCGGAGCCUGGGUUCUAGGAUUUCUAAGGUGCAAAGUCUGAAGCUGGAUACGAGUAUUUGGAGCAAUGAGAUGGUCCAGCUGUUCAUCAUGCUAGGGAAUAGGCAAGCAAACAAAUUUUGGGCUGCACACCUCCCAGCUUCUGAAGCCUUAUAUCCUGAUGCUAACACUGAGCAGAGACGAAAUUUCAUCAUCCAUAAAUACCGUUAUGGACGCUUCCGCAUGCUGCACCCUCAAUAUAACAGUCAAGAAAGCAUUCUGCAGGCUCUAUGUGCAGCUGUAUCUGGGCCAGGAUUGCUUAAAAAAAUGGUGCAUUUUUUUGCAAGCACCAUGGAAGUUGAAAUGGAAGGCAGCUGUUUUACUUGGAAAACUAAGCCCUGGUCCAACAGUGGGCAUACUCAUCCUUCAGAAGGAAUCUACAAUGAGAUCACACAACCAGUUGUCCAUUGUGGCUACUUAUACAAAGUCCCAUCCAUUGCCAAAGCAAUCAAGAGAAGCAGAGAUGAGUUUCAGAGGAUCUGGUGCUCGGUGGAAAAAUGUUUCCUCUUCUAUGAGACUGAAAGGAGUACUGAGCCAACAGUAAAGAUUGAAGUGGCAGAUAUGAUUUCCUUAGCAGUGAACAGAACAGACAUGUUGGCUAUUCCUAGCUCCACAGACAGGUUUUGCUUCAUGCUAGAACUGUAUCUGAACAAUGAACGAAUACAGCUGUGGGUAGGUGGUGAUUCCAGUAGCCUACAGUCCUGGGCCAGUGCUAUUGGCAAGUGGUUCACCCCUCUCAGUUGUCACUGUCUGCUGGGCUAUGAAUUCCAAAGGGUAGGUAGACUCUACUACAAAUCAAUGUUAAAUCCCAAUCAGUGGUUGCAAGGUUUCUUCAUCCUCCAGAAGUUUCACCUCUUCAUUUGUCCAGAAGAAGAGGGAGCCGUUGAAGACAGCAUCAAUCUAAGGCAGCUUCAAGAACUCAGUAUUGUUCCUUUUGCCGAGGGUCCAGAGAAAAAGCAGAUGCUGAUCCUGGUAGAAAUGGGCAGGACAUUCUGUCUUCAAGGGACGUCACAGCUAGACUUUUCUUCAUGGUGCACAGCUAUUCAGAGUUCAGCAGGAAGUCAAGGGAAUGCCUUGCAAGACCAGCAGCUCAACAAGAAUGGCAUUCCCAUUAUUGUGAGCAGUUGUAUUUCAUUUAUCACCCAAUAUGGAUUACAGCAUGAAGGUAUUUAUCGGAAGAAUGGAGCAAAAUCUCGUAUCAAAAUUUUGAUGGAAGAGUUUCGACGAGAUGCAAGAAAUGUCAAAUUGCAUAUCAGCAACAAUUUUGUUGAAGAUGUGACAGAUGUGUUGAAGAGAUUCUUCCGGGAGCUCGAGGAUACUAUCUUCACUACACAUUUUCAUCCCCAGUGGAAUGAGGCUGCAGAAAUUUCCCAGAAGUCCCAGCGCCUGGAGAGAUACAAGGAGCUAAUAAACUGCUUGCCCCAUCUCAACCGCAGAACCUUGGCUGCUUUGAUUGGCCACUUGUAUCGGGUGCAGAAAUGUGUCAGUCUCAAUCACAUGAACACCAAGAACCUAGCUUUGCUAUUUGCUCCCAGUCUCUUCCAGACGAAUGGAAAAGGGGAACACGAAGUCAAGGUGAUGGAAGACUUGAUUGACAACUAUGUUCAUAUUUUUAAUAUUGAUGAAGACCAUGUGCUACAGAUGGACUUGGAGAACAGUUUGAUUACUACCUGGCGGGAUGUGAAGCUCUCACAGGCUGGUGAUAUCAUCUUGGAGGUAUAUCUGGAGCAGAAGAAUCCUGACUAUUGUGUUACUCUUAAGGUUUCUCCCAAAAUGAGAGCAGAAGAAUUGACAAAUCAAGUGCUUAAGAUGAGAAAUUUAGCAGUUAGUCGAGAUAUUUGGCUGACCUUUGAAGUUUUAGAAAAUGGAGAACUAGAGCGUCCUUUGCAUCCCAAGGAGAAAGUUCUAGAGCAGGCCCUACAGUGGUGCAAGUUACCAAAACCCAGCUCUGCAUAUUUAAUUGUGAAAAAGGUAGCCAUUGAGGAAGGAAGCUGCCUUUUCACAGAUACUAAACGUGAGAGCCCAAAAUGCGGUCUUUUAAAAUGCCGUGAGGAAUUGGCCAAGCUUCUGGGGAAUAAAUUUCAAGAACGCUACUUUGUCAUCAAGGAUCAAAAGUUGCUUCUACUCAAAGAAAAACAGAGUGUCAAGCCAGAGCGAGAGUGGCUACUGGAUAUGGCCAAGGUUUACCUGGGGAUCCGAAAAAAACUGAAACCACCUUCACGAUGGGGCUUUACUCUAAUUCUUCAAAAACAGCAAUUGUAUUUAACAUGCACAGGGCAAUCUGAGCUAUGGGACUGGGUCACCAGCAUUCUGAAAGCACAGCAUGACAGAAUCCGCCCAGUUCAUCUACGUCGAUGCUCUUCUUCUGACAUGACUAAGCCAAAGUUUGGCACCAUGCCCCUGAUUUCCCUACAUGGAGACAGCAGUAAUCCAGUCAUGCUAUCUGUUAAUCAAACUUUGCAUCGCUUACAUACUCGAAGGACAUUGUCCAUGUUCUUUCCAAUGAAAAUGCAUCAAGAUACAGAACAGCAGGAGCUAGCUGAAUCAGAGCCUGUCUAUGAAGAGGUAGGCAGCUUUACAGAUCUGGAUUUUCUAGAACCCAACCAUUCCCUACUGCCUCCUGUGGAUAAGGCUAAGAAACCAAUUCAUUUUUCAGAUCAGGUGACAUCCAGCAUGCUGUCCCCUUGUCGAGUAUCUGGAACUGACUUAACAAAACCUUGCUGCUUUGAGAGGACCUUUCAGGUGGAACCAAGUAAACAGAAUCUCACUGACAGAAUAUUGGGACACAAAGUAAUUCCAACUGUCUCUAUAGAGCAGCAAACAGAGCUGCCUCAAGCACAGUUUGCCCUGCACAAGGAAGAGGAUCAGCAUACUGCAGUUCCAACCCUCCAUUGGGAAAAUCCAACUGAAGUGGAAACUCUGGUCAGUAACUACACAAAGAAAAACUUCCAAACAUAACUCACAAGACCUGAACAUAUCUCAUCCAAAAGAAGAAAAAAAAAACAGAUUCAUAUCACAUUAGGAAAGCAAGAAUGUGUUAGAGAAGGAGGCUUGUAAAGUA